AAUAAAACUAGCAUGAGAGCUCUGCAGACCGGAAACGGGGUUACGACGACUAAUUGUGGCACGUUAGCCUAAUUAAGCCUGAUUAAUUCGGCGUCUAUAUCAAUUUAAAAGCUAUAAGCAACAUUUAAUAUAUAUGAUAAGUAUAUAUAAGCAUUUUAUUUAGUAAUAGUAGUAUAUAUUGUAGCCACGUUUAAUCUUUAUUCAUUUAUUUAUUUAUUUAUUUAUCUUACAUUAUUUGUUAGCCUUACUGAAAUGUUGUGGGGUGCGUUAGAAAUCGGUGCAUCGAGUCACAAAGCUCUAUAUUUAAACCACGCAGUACCAGCUCAGUACAACACGGAUUGCGACGCACCCUAAAAAAAACGCCUCAUCUUUCUAUACACCAGUAGAAACGUUUAGGUGUUUAAUAAACGAAAGCAAAAAUGGACCCGAAUAGGCCACCAUUUCAAGCAGGAUUCCCCGGCGUUCCACAUGUUCCCGUGGCACGGGGUCGAGGCUUACUCGCAGAUGAACACUCCCCAGGACGAGCCAGAGGUUUGACAGCGAGCGAGCUCUCUGUGGGGCGAGCUCGGGGUUUGGCUGUAUCUACAGGAGAGCCCUCGGUAGGCCGAGCUCGAAGCCUGGCUCAGUUUGCGGACGAGCCGUCUGUGGAGCGAGCCAGAGGUUUAUCCGUGAUGGCUGGUGAACCUUCUGUUGGUCCUUCUCAAGGUGCUCCUGUAGCUCCAGCAGAAGCUAUGGCUGGGAGAGGUAGAGGUCAGACAUCCACCACGUUGUUUCCUUAUGGCAGAGGAAGCCCGGUGUUAGGCAGUGUCGAGCCUGUCAGUGUGCCGCAUGGAGAGGAGGAGGAGAAGAAGGAGGAAGGGGGCAGCAGAGGGUUUGGAAGAGCCAGAGGGUUUCUUCACACAUCUAAGGAACCUGCAGUGGGAAAAGGAAGAAGCAUGUCACUGUUCGGUAAAGAGUACGAGCCUCUGGGUGAACGCGAACACGUGGAAAGAAUGAUGGCUGACGUUCCAGGUCCAGGCUCGUCUCUGCUGUCCAUGUUCAGAGGAAUGGGCAUUGAACCGGCUAGGACAUGCGGCAGAGGAACCACAGCUUUGGGACGAGAUGCAUUGGGUGCCUACAGAGAAGAUGCUCAGCUGCUUGUGCCUCCUGUUGUAUCUGAGGGAGCUUCAGGCUACAGCGGCAGUGUUGCAGGGAGAGGACCGCUCGAAGUCGAAAAAGCUGCAGGGUUUCCAGUGGGUCGAGGUUCCGGGGCCCCGCUUUUACCCCUGAUCACGAAAGAUACCCCCGUGACCCCUGAAAUCUGCGCUCCGAAAGCAGAGUUGAAGAUGGAGGAAAAAAGCGAGCCGCUGAAGAAAGUAGGAACGAAGGGAGAUCCCGUCUCGGUCGGAUCGAACCACAUCCCCAUCCGGUGCAAGAACGAAGCAGUGUACCAGUAUCACGUCACCUUUACGCCAAACGUGGAGUCAGUCAGCAUGCGCUUCGGGAUGAUGAAAGAGCAUCGGGCAACUACAGGAGACGUCGUGGCCUUUGACGGUUCCAUCCUUUAUCUACCAAAACGCCUGGGGGAGGUUGUUCAUCUGAAAGCUGAGAGGAAAAGUGACAAUGAGGAGAUUGAUCUUAAAAUCCAGAUGACUAAAAUCCUGCCCCCGCAUUCUGACCUGUGUAUCCCGUUCUACAAUGUGGUCCUGCGCAGAGUGAUGAAGAUUUUGGGGCUGAAUCUGAUUGGCAGGAAUCAUUAUGAUCCCAAAAGUGCAGUUGUUCUCACCAAGCACAGGCUGCAGGUGUGGCCCGGUUAUUCCACCUGUAUAAAACACACAGAUGGAGGUCUGUACCUGGUGGUGGACGUUUCACACAAAGUGCUGAGGAGCGAUUCAGUCCUGGACAUCAUGAACAUGAUCUACCAGGAGCGUCGUGAGAGCUUCCAGAUCGAGUGCACCAAAGAGAUAAUCGGCUCCAUGGUCAUCACUCGCUACAACAACCGAACCUACCGCAUCGACGACAUCGAGUGGUCCAAAUCCCCCAAAGAUUCCUUCACCAUGUCGGACGGCACCGAGAUCAGCUUCAUCGAAUACUACAGAAAAAACUACGGCAUCAGCGUGAAGGAACUGGAUCAGCCCUUGUUGGUCCAUCGGCCGAAGGAAAAGGCCAAUCCUGGGGGAAAGCAGGUUAUAACGGGCGAGAUCCUGCUGCUGCCGGAGCUCUCCUUCAUCACCGGGAUACCUGAGAAAUUGAAGAAAGAUAACAGAAAUAUGAAGGACUUGACGGCGCACAUUAAUGUGAGCGUGGAGCAGCACACACACUCUCUCAAGCAGCUUCUAAGCAACAUCAGCACCAAUCAGGAGGCAGUGAGAGAGCUGGAACGCUGGGGUCUCCAGAUCAGCUCCGAUAUACUGGUGACUCAGGGAAGAACUUUGCCCAUGGAGACCAUUUGCCUGCAGUCUGCCACAUUCGUCACCUCUCAGUCUGUCGAUUGGUCGAGAGAGGUGGUCAAAGACUCGUCUAUCAGCUGUAUCCCUCUGUACUGCUGGGUGAUUUUUUACCCUCGUAGGGCUGCAUCUCAGGCAGAGGAGCUGGUGACGAUGUUCCAGAAGGUCGCCGGGCCGAUGGGGAUCAGGCUGGACCGUCCGAUGUACGUGGAGCUCCGUGACGAUCGCACCGAGACCUACAUCAAGAGCAUCCACUCCCAGCUGAACAGCGAGCCCAACGUGCAGCUGGUGGUUUGCCUCCUGAUUGGGAACAGAGACGACCUCUACAGCGCUAUUAAAAAGCUCUGCUGCGUCCAGAGUCCGUGUCCCUCGCAGGCGAUCAACGUCCGGACCAUCUCGCAGCCGAAGAAGCUCCGUAGCAUCGCACAGAAGAUCCUCCUGCAGAUGAACUGCAAACUGGGAGGAGAACUUUGGACGGUCAACGUUCCCCUGAAACACUUGAUGGUGGUCGGCGUGGACGUCCAUCACAACAGCAGCAAGAAAAUCCAGUCUGUGAUGGGGUUUGUGGCGAGUCUGAACAGCCUGAUGACAAAGUGGUACUCCAGAGUCACGUUCCAGAUGACCAACGAGGAGAUCAUUAGCGGCUUCCGAGUGUGUUUUCUCGCCGCCCUGCAGAAAUACUACGAGGUGAACCACAGCUUCCCCGAGAAGAUCGUAGUGUACCGUGACGGCGUUUCAGACGGCGAGCUGAAGGCCGUGGAGCUGUACGAGAUCCCGCAGGUCCUCAACUGUUUCAAGACCUUCCCCAACUACGAGCCGAAGCUGGCCUUCAUCGUCGUGCAGAAGAGGAUCAACACCACUCUGUACUCAUACGGAGGGGAUCGGUUCGGAACGCCUCCGCCAGGAACCGUGCUCGAUCACACCGUCACACACACAGACUGGAUGGAUUUCUACCUAAUGGCUCACUCGAUUCGUCAAGGCUGUGGAUUCCCGACACACUACGUUACUGUGUACAACACUGCAAACCUUACAGUGGAUCAUCUCCAGAGGUUGACCUUUAAGAUGUGCCACUUGUACUGGAAUUGGCCCGGGACGAUCCGCGUGCCAGCGCCAUGCAAGUACGCGCACAAACUGGCGUUCCUGUCAGCGCAGUACCUCCACUCCGAACCCGCCAUCCAGCUGUGCGACAAACUCUACUUCCUCUAAGGCCGAGGGUUUUCUGAUGUUCUUUUGCUUUAUCAGCACUUUUCAUUAAGUUUUACAAGUUUCAGUUGCAUUUAAAAAGUUGUGUUCAGUUCGUUCUGCAGGUGAAUAAAAAUCGGUUCGCACA